UUUCGUGAUGUGGGGAAGACCAUCUUAUCUGCCUCAUGCACGUUUCUGCAUUUUCAUGGGAGAGCUUGGGUUUUUCUCGAACGCGUUUUUCGGUUUUAUCCUCGUCUACCUGACAUUGUUUCACAUCAAACGGCAAUUCGGCUCCUACAAGUACUUGUUAGUCAACUUUCAACUUGUGGGGUUCUGUUUCGCAUCCUGUGAAUACUUGUUUCACACGUUCCUCCACCUCUACAAUGCCAGUCUCAUCUACUUCAGUCUCUCGCACCCACUCGGUUUUUCCAAUUUGACAAUGGAAUGGAUGAUGGCAGUUUACACGGGACUGUAUUCCUCGACAAUAUGUCUCCUGGCAAUUCAAUCCAUUUACCGUUACUGGGCCUUGUUUGAUACUCCAAAGUUGGAGUACUUUAAUGGAAUCUACUAUUUCAUUUGGGUUGGCUAUUACACAUUCUUCGGAAUCCUCUGGUCUCUAACAGUCGGUUACUUCUUCGCGAUGGAUGAGUUUAGCAUGGAGUAUCUAAGCAAAGAGAUUUCAUUGCGGUAUGAAAGAAAUAUUACGGAUACUCCAAUCCUCGAUCUGAUAGCCUAUCAAGGCAAUGAUUUCCGCUGGAAAAACUUAACAGGCGCACUGAUGAUGACUGACAUCUCAACAUUUCAGUACACGAUUAUCAUUGUUUGCGGCUAUAAUAUGUAUCAUGGGAUGCAAACAAAACUCUCCCUGCUUUCUGCACAACACCGUCGUCUUCAUCGGCAAUUCUUCAGAGCUCUAACAAUUCAGGUCGUCUCCCCCACAAUAAUCCUCUUCUGCCCAGUGUUCUUCAUGAUCUAUGUUCCAUUCGCUGAUUUGGAAAUGAGCUUCCCGUCCUGCAUCAUUCAAAGUGGCUUCACAGUGUAUCCAGCCCUCGAUUCAGUUAUCAUGAUGUGCUGUGUAUCGGAAUACUUUCGAAUCUUCAAAAAACUAUUUGUUUCGAUGAAACAGCCCAAAUCAUCCCAAGAUGACAGUGAAAAGAAAAGAAUUCAAAUGGUCAAUCCGAAAAUUUGAAUUGCAGCGAAUAAUUUGACAACAAACAUUCAUUUAUUUUGACGAUGCUUCUAGUUAGAAUGGCUUGAUACUGUAAUUAACAUGAAACGUUAAAAAUUUCAACUAUACACUUCCGAUUGUUUUUUCCGUGUAUCUCAUGUCACACCCUUGUCUGUGUCAAAACAAAACACGCA